AUGAGCAAGGUAUCCUAUUCUAAUGCAGUGGAUUCUAUAAUGUACUUAAUGGUUUGUACAAGACCAAACCUAGCCUAUGCUAUUAGUGUCCUUAGCAAGUAUAUGUCUAAUCCUGGGAGAAUUCAUUGGCUAGCUAUGAAGUGGUUAUCCAGAUACCUAGUUGGAUCUACUAAGGUAGAAUUAAUCUACCAACAGCAACAAGCAAGCACUACAAUAGAAGGAUACAGUGAUGCAGACUAUGCAGGGGAUAGGGAUAGUAGAAAGUCUACACCAGCCUAUAUGUUUUUAAUGGGAGGAAAUUGUGUUAGUUGGAAGGUUCAACUACAACCUGUUGUGGCACUAUCAACUACAGAAUCUGAGUACAUAGCAACUACUGAGGCUAUAAAGGAAGCUAUUUGGAUAAAGGGCCUAAUGGAGGAAAUAAAACUGCUUAAUGGUAUACUUACUGUCUACUCAGAUAGCCAAAUUUGUGUUCAUCUAUGCAAAAAUCCUAUGUUUUAUGACAGAACUAAGCACAUAGAGAUAAAAUAUCACUUCAUCAGAGACAAGGUCACAUUGCCAUAG